AUGUCUGACAAAGACACUUCCAGCCUUCAGUCGUACAUCGACUCUGCUACUGGCGCCGUUCAGUCUGCCAUGGGCUCGUUGACUGGUAACACUGCUGACCAGAACGCCGGCGAAGCCAAGAAGGCAAAGGGCGACCUCGAGCACGAUGCCUCCAAGGCUACCCUCAAGGUUGGCAGUCUGACUGCUUCAUCCUCGGGAGCCGUCACCAAGGACGACCCUAACCGCACCGAGGGAAGCUGGAACCAAACUGUGGGAUCGGCGAAGGAGGCUGUGGGUGGACUCAUUGGCAACCAGAGCCUGAAGAACGCUGGUGCCCAACAAAACGCCGAGGGCAAGGGCCAGGAGGCCCAAGGUCAACUCAGCGAUCUCGGCUCCGGCGUUGCGAACCGCGUCGGUGGUGCUGUCAGCGGUGCCGUCGCGGGCAUCACGGGUAAUCGGGACGCUCAGCUGAAGGCGCAGGAGCAGCACGAUAUCGGCAAGACGCAACAACGAGGUGCCGAGCAUGAUAUUCAGAAGUAG